CAAACAUCUGUCUUGUGAUAUAUAUAAAUAUAUACAAAGAGAGAGAGUGGUUUAGCCUAAAUUCUCCAUUAACUCAUAGGAACUACCUAUCUUCAUUAUAAAUGUUUGCAGCAGAUUUCCUUGACUACUUGAAUAAAUUUCAACUAGACGCUACAACUGCUUCUCCAGAGGAUUUUUCAGAUAAACUUCACUUAUUCACUUCAUUAUUAUUUUUGAUAAGUGCAAUUGCAAUCACACUGAAACAAUAUGUAUUCAAUAGUAUCUCAUGUUAUAUACCAGUACAUCCAACUGGACAAGAUUUCAAUGCUUUUCUAGCUGAUUAUUGUUGGGUGCAUGGAACUAUUCCAUUGCGUCCAAAUGAACCUAUGCCAAAAACAUCUGCUGAAUGGGAAAAAUAUGAUAAACAAAGAAGAAUAUUCAAUGUCUUUACUACUAAAUUAUUUCAAGCAUGA